AUGACAAUAGGAAGAAUGGAGAAAGUCGAAGUGUUCACAUCGGAAGGCAAAGGCCGGGGCCUUAAGGCCACCAAAGAGUUCUGGGCUGCAGAUGUCAUCUUUGCAGAGCGGGCUUAUUCCGCCGUAGUCUUUGACAGCUUCACUCAGGUCGUGUGCCAUACCUGCUUUAAAAGGCAGGAGAAGCUCCAGAGAUGUGGGCAGUGCAAGUUUGCCCACUAUUGUGACCGGACCUGCCAAAAGGAUGCUUGGCUGAACCACAAGCAUGAGUGUGCAGCGAUCAAGAAACAUGGGAAGCCGCCCAGUGAAAACAUCAGGCUGGCGGCCAGAAUCAUGUGGAGGAUAGAGAGAGAGGGCACCGGACUCACUGAGGGCUGCCUGGUCUCCGUCGAUGACCUACAGAAUCAUGUGGACAACUUUGGGGAAGAGGAGCAGAAGGACCUUCGAGUGGAUGUGGAUAGCUUCCUGAACUUCUGGCCAGCUCAGAGCCAGCAAUUCAGCAUGCAGUAUAUUUCACACAUCUUUGGAGUGAUCAACUGCAAUGCCUUCACUCUCAGUGACCAGAGGGGCCUCCAGGCUGUGGGAGUGGGAAUCUUCCCCAACCUUUGCCUGGUGAACCAUGACUGCUGGCCCAACUGCACCGUCAUAUUCAACAAUGGCAAUCAUGAGGCUGUGAAAUCUAUGUUUCACACACAGAUGAGAAUCGAGCUCCGAGCCCUGGGGAAGAUCUCUGAAGGAGAGGAGUUGACUGUAUCCUAUGUGGACUUCCUCAACAUUAGCCAAGAACGAAAGAAGCAGCUAAAGAAACAGUAUUACUUUGACUGCACGUGUGAGCACUGUGAGAAGGGAAUCAAAGAUGAUCUCUUCCUGGCUGUGAAAGAGGACCCUAAGCCCUCCCAGGAUGUGGUGAAGGAGGUGACGCAGUUCUCCAAGGAGACCCUGGAGAAGAUCGACAAGGCUCGCUCGGAGGGCUUGUACCACGAGGUGGUGAAGUUAUGUAGAGAGUGUCUGCAGAAGCAGGAGCCCGUGCUGGCGGACACCAACAUCCACGUGCUGCGCAUCCUCAGCAUCGCCUCCGAAGUGCUGUCCUACCUGCAGAGCUUCCAGGAGGCUUCCGACUACGCCAAGAGGAUGGUCGAUGGCUACAUGAAGCUUUACCACCCUAACAAUGCCCAGCUAGGCAUGGCUGUGAUGCGGGCAGGACUGACCCAUUGGCAUGCUGGGCUCAUCGAGGCUGGGCAUGGGAUGAUAUGCAAAGCCUAUGCCAUACUCCUGGUGACUCAUGGACCCACUCACCCAAUCACUAAGGAUCUGGAAGCCAUGCGUAUGCAGUCAGAGAUGGAACUGCGCAUGUUCCGACAGAAUGAGUUCAUGUACCACAAGAUGCGAGAGGCCACCCUGAGCAACCAGAAGAUGCAGGUCAUGGCGGAGCCAAACUUGGAAACAGCGACGCCCACCUUUCUCAAGAAGCCAUGAGAACUUGCCCAAGGGGGACACUUGGUGCUGAAGGGAUGGGGAAAAGGGGCAGAUGCAUCUUUCCAAAGGGGUAAUGGAUGGUGGGAAAGUAAGGAGUGGAAUUGGCUGGGAAUGAAGGUGCCCAAAUCUUCCAGCAAGCAAGCUUUGACAUGUGUCCAUUGUUUGUUAUGUACAGUGUGUGAUUCUGAGGCAUAUUGGCUUGUCUAAUGUUGAUUUGUCCUUGUGGAUUCCUAUGUUCCAACAAAAUUGGGCAUGUUUGGGCUUGGCUACAUCUUGUGCUCAGAGAACCAGAACCUUUAAAAAAUGGAAGCUACAUUGAAGCAGGUGUGUGGAAGUCCCUUGAGGGCACGAAAUGUUUUAAUUUUUGGCUUUGGGCUCUAAGCAUAGUAGGAGCUUAAUGAAUGCUUGUGGAAUGAAUGCAUGAAUGUUCCUCUUCUCCCCACCUUCUACUACCAACUCAAUGAGACAGUGUGGGAUAAUGGAAAGGACUUUGGAGUUUGAGGGCCUGAGCUAGCCUCUGUUACUACUUGUAUAACAUUGGACAAAUCACUUUAUGUUUUUUGUUCUCAAUUUCCUCAUCUAUAAAAAGAGACUUUUGAUAUCCCCUUUGGCCAGAAACAUGAUCUUCUGAGAUGAGAAGAUGCUUUUCAGGAUACAAAUCAAUGUGAUAUUUAGAGCCCUUAUGAAGUACAAAAAGCUUUCAAAAUAUAUGAUGGAUUUUACCAAACAUCACAAUAGAUUUGUGAAGGGGGUGCUGUUAUGACCUUUGUCUCACUCCUCCAGAUCAGAAGCUGAGGCUAUAAGGGUUAAAUGACAAGUCCAGGGGAUCGCAUAGCUAGCCAGUGUCUAAGGCAGGGUCUGAACCCCGAUAAUUUAUCUACUAUAUCCUAUCAAUAACCUUUCUGCCUCUCCUGUACAUCUCCGGGCAAAUCAGAUGUGGUUUUCUCUGUUUUCCACCUAUCAGGGCAAAUUUCUCAGAUACUGCUCUCCUGGGCUCACCUUCUGCUCCCUUCCUUUUCUCCCUGUACUCUUUUCUUUUGUAAACAUGGCCCAUUUCACAGUCCCAGGGAAGGAGAGGAGCAUCUCCAAUGGGGACCAGGAUUGGAGGCUAUUUGUUUAUGGGGAGGGUCCAACCCAGGAGAGGACAGCAGGUCUCGGAGCCUGAGAGAAGAGAAAUCUAUCCAAGUCAGGAGUAAGAAUGGAAAGAACACACGGGAUGAUUUUGUCUAGAUGACCAAGGCCAGGUGGCCAGUGGGUCCUGCUCUCAGUGAAGUCUUUGUCCAGGCCACAUGUCUUUACCAGUCACUUCAGCUGGUUAUGAUAACCGUGUAUUCAAAGCACUUGGCCCACCUUGGAUCCUCAGGAUGAGUUUUAGGAAACAAUUCUUGCUCAUUUUGCAGAUGAGGAAACUGAAGUUCAGGAAGUUAAUUAACUUGCUCCAGGUCUCAUAGCUGACCAGUGGCAAAACCAGGGUUCAAACCCAGAUCUCUCAACUCCAAGCCUAGUAAAAUCCCCUUUUCCCCAGAUGGUCUCCCCAAAGCAGCUCCUCCAGAGCUGAGACUUCUGCCUUUCUUCACCUACCCUUCAGCGUGUGUGUGAACAGCGCCAUAUUGGAAUGCAUCACUACUGGAACCAAGGAGCCGUCUCCCUCAGUAUUCCUGCCUUUUGGGCUGACUCCAUCUUUCUGCCAUCUGCCUGGAGCAGAGACAUGGAUCUCGCCAUUUCUCUGCCUCCUAGAAUUUUCUUGUAACUAAAGUAGUGGCAUUAAAAAUCGGUGUUUCUAAGCAAACAAA